CCCCCACUGUCCCGCCUGCCUCCCCAGCUGCGUUCUCCGCUGCCCCGUCUGGCCGCCGGUGUCUGCUCCGCCGUUCCCUGCUCUGCCCCGCUCUCCCACACCCCGGACCCCGAAGCGCGUCUCCUCCUCGCACCGCCCCAGCUCCCGCAGUCCCGGUGAAUGCACGAAACGCCAACAUGACCGGCAUCGCCGCUGCUUCUUUCUUCUCCAAUUCCUGCAGGUUCGGGGGUUGCGGUCUCCAGUUCGAGUCUCUGGCCGAGCUCAUCGUCCAUAUCGAGGACAAUCACAUCGACACAGAUCCGCGGGUCCUGGAGAAACAGGAGCAGCAGCAGCCAACGUACCUGGCCCUGAGCUACAUCAACAGGUUCAUGACGGACGCAGCGCGGCGGGAGCAGGAGACCCUGAAGAAGAAGGCCACUCCCAAGCUGUCCCUGUCCAUCGCCGGAGGGGGCGUGUCCAGGAACAGCACGGCCACGCCCCCGCGCCACACCAGCGGCAACCUCACGCCCCCCGUCACCCCGCCCAUCACACCCUCCUCCUCCUUCCGAAGCAGCACGCCCACAGGUAAGACAGGCAGCGAGUACGAUGAGGAGGAGGUGGACUAUGAGGAGUCGGACAGCGACGAGUCCUGGACCACGGAGAGCGCCAUCAGCUCCGAGUCCAUCCUCAGCUCCAUGUGCAUGAACGGCGGCGAGGAGAAGCCCUUCGCCUGCCCCGUGCCCGGCUGCAAGAAGAGAUACAAGAAUGUGAACGGUAUCAAGUACCACGCCAAGAACGGCCACCGGACCCAGGUCCGCGUGCGCAAGCCCUUCAAGUGUCGCUGCGGGAAGAGCUACAAGACGUCCCAGGGCCUGAGGCACCACACCAUCAACUUCCACCCGCCCGUCUCCACCGAGAUCCUGCGCAAGAUCCAGGGCUAAGGCCCCCCACACCCCCUCCACCCUACCCACCCCCAACCCCUCCACCUCCCUAACCCCCCCUCAACCCGCCGAGAUCGGAGCACUUGUGCCAAUCGACCCCACCGACCAACCUGCUCAAUGUAGCCCCCCUACCCUCCCCCCACCCCCCCCCCGAAACAAUAGACUUAAGGAUCAUGCUUGAGUGUGUUGUUCUAAGUGCAUGCUUUAAGUUUUUCUUUGGUCGUAGAGGGAAAAGAGGGCGUCCCAAUAUGUUCUUAUUCUUUCGUCCGUCGAGUGGUAUAACGUCUCAAAAUAAUGUUUUGUAUUUCAUCCAUGGUAUAUUGUAUUUUUGACAAAUUAUCUUUAUCUUUGUAGUUCAGUAUUGUACAUUUGCACAUUCAUAUAUGCUGUUGCAUUGUUUUGUUACGUGUUGUUUUUACUUGCAUACGGUGCUAUCUGUAAAAGAAAAACAAGAGAAAGAAAAGACAAAAAACAAACGGAGUGAAAGAGAAUCAUGAAAAAAGUUUGCUAAGGAAACAUGGAAACAGGAAGUAAAACUAAGCCCCGCCCCCUUCGUCCCUGCCCGUCUUCUGCCAUGUUCGAGUUGGCUCACUCGGGCACUAUUCAGGGCAUCAUCACCAUUUGCUGUACACAACUUGAGUGUACAAAUCUGGUUCCCUAUAUGGUGCACUUAAUAACCACAAUGCACCGUAAAGGAAAUGUACAACAGGUUCUUCACUGUUCUCCUAAUAGGGUACUAUAUAGUGGUCACUAUUUAGUAUCACAUAAAGGGAACAGUGUAAGUAUAUAGGGUUCGCUCUGUAGGGAUUACGCAAUAAGGGCGAACAAGGUGAGCCAAUUCGAACACAGACUAUCAGUACGAUGACGUUACUUCAGAUGCUGGUCCAGGCCCAGGACUCUGCACACUCCCCAGUGCUUGUGACACAUCCGCGUCCAGUCCAUCCUCGGAGUCCGCCUCCCCAGCUGUUCCCUGGGCAACAGCGUCUCAGCGGGAAAGGGGCGGCGGAGUUCAAAAGUGGCUGGAGCCCACCCGAGUUCCGACCAGUUUACCUAAUAGAUAUAUCGAGAUAUAAACGACAAAUAUGUAUGUGUAUAUAAAAAAAAAGAUAUAUGUAUCCAUGAACAUAUGCAACAAAUAGUUAACUUUAUUUUCGAGCUUUAUUUUAUAUAUAUUUUCCCAUGCGUUUAGGAUUGUUUCUUUUUGUUCUUAUUUUUCUGUGGUCGUUGUGCGUUAUCAAACUAAGUGUUCUUUUCAUUCCUUGGUUCACAGAGAUGCUCCAGCGCGGUGUCGUCCCAGGUGCUGGGGUGUCUCUGGGUCAGAAGACCAAAAGUGUCACAAACUGUGUGUAGCCUUCGCUAGCCCUAGAAGCUAGCCUCUAGAUCCUAGAGGCCAGUGGUUCCCAACCUCUUUUGGCCCGGGACCCAAUUCCUGGCGCUGAAAAACAUCUGCCGGUAAUAUCAAUGCCCCGGUGGACUCACAGCCACAAGUGGCUUUGAGUCAUUAGGCUGUCAGUUUGUAUAUACCGGACGUCUAUGGGACAUUUUAUAAAAAAAACAAACAAACAAAAAAACGUUUUGUUUGCUAAAACGAAUCAAUAGCUAUCUCUCCAGCUUGUGCCAGCGAUCCCAUGCGACCGCCAUAUGCAUAUCCCGGGGAGCCAAGGGUUGGGAACCACGGCCCUAGCAGCUGAAGUCAGUUAAAGCUUGUCUAGUGAAGUGUCGUCAGCCGCACUCAAGCAUAACUUUGGUGUAUUGACGGCCAGAAUAGGUCCAAACACAUUUCCUCCCCCACCAACACCAUCGCCACCUCCCCACUCCAUUCCACCUCCAGCCCAUUUAGUUUUCGCUCUGGCUUCUUUCUUUUACUUUCAAACCUUUUGAGCGUUGCCUGACAAUAAUUCCUGACAUGCGAGAGGCAGGACAUACCCAGGUAAACGCUGUACACAAUCCCUGUUGCCAAGAGUGUUUGAUUUGUUGUGUUUUUUUCCCAUGGUCCAUUGCCAACAGCUCUCGACUGCCAAACUCUCAACACAACCAUGUGCCUAAGGGGUUGUGGGAAGGGAAGGGAGGGGGGGACGGGGGGGGAUGGGGAGGGCGGCAUGGUGGGGGAGGGGGGGGGGUGGGGUCUCCGACUGGGGAUCAGAAAAAAAAAACAAGUGUUUUUUUCUCGUGCAAGUCAUGGCACCUAACCCAAAUGUACAGAUGUAUGGGUGUACAUUGAUGGAAUGUUUUCAUGCAUGUUUUUUCUAUGUUCUGCAUAUCGGUGGGUGGGGUACCAAGUGCAGAUUUUGUCUUUUUCAAGAGAUUACCAGCUACAUCAGCAGCGACAACUUUCUGAGUGUAUUGUAGAUCAUGCCUUUCUAAUACAGUCGUGGAUGUGUGUGUGUGUGUGUGUGUGCGCAUGCGUGAGCGUGUCACUUUGUAGCCAAGUGUUACCUGCAGUAUCCAGUGUCAAGGCCUAUAGUGUUACUCCUGUGUUUUCAGUUCUGUUCAGUAGUCUGAUGUGCCCCCCUCCCCCCCCCACCCUUUUUUGUUGGAUGUCUGGCUGUCAAUUAUAUGAAGCAUGAGACCCCCACCCCUUUACCUCCCACUCAUGUCAUCUGUUCCCCACCUCCCUCACUCCCAGGGAGGUUUCCAGGUGAUGCUCGUGUACCCUCAGCAGGUGUUACAGUGGCGGGCUUCACAUCCCCUCCUCCCUCCCUCCCUCCCCUCGGCUCUUCGCUCCUCCUCCUCCACUGCUUUGUUUCCAUGGCGACGCGAGUAAGUGGCGGGGUAAACGAAAUAGUGCCACUUGGCUCUGUACAUACUGCGAAGAAUUUACAAGCACAACGAUGAAGACGAAUCCCAAUCCUAUCGGUUUGUUUUAAAGGAGGGUCUUUUUUAAAGGGGUCUUGGAGCUUUGCCAACAGCAGACAAGACAGAGAGCUGCAGAGUCACGGCAUCGCAUGCACAGGGAUGGCCUUUUCUGCCUCCCCUACCCAAACACUCCCUCUGUCCCGAUCCUUCUCUCCCACUCUCUCUCUCGGCAAUCCUGCCGCUUAAACAGUAGUUUUAUUUUUUUCUUCAUCUCUUCUUCCUCCUGCGUGCCUGGCCCCGGAUCAUCGGCCAGGCCAGGCCGAGACGGCCGCUCUCCCGAGCCUAGGUCUGUCAAACACUCGUAAAGGAAAAGUACUUUGCAGCGAGACCACCGUUGCCAUGGGAACCAUUCAGUCGCAUACCCUUUUAAAACGGGGGGGCCGUAUUAACGCGCACUGGAGGAGGAGGAGCGGAGGAUGUGUGUUUCUGUGUGUCUGUGUGUGUGGGGGGGAAGGGUUGUAGGAGUGCAAAGGAGGGUACUUCAGUAUACUUUGUACAGUGAAUGUAUUGUGUAUCGUCGUGUGUCCGUUGUCAAGUGCUUUUAAAUUAUAUUUUCGUACGUAAACGUGGGGACCGACGUUUCCCUUUUUUUUGUAUGAGGGGGACAGCCGGUUCGGUGGAGAGUGACGCUGUCACACUGUCUUUCUAUAUAAAAAAGCUGCUUCUUACAUGUAAACAGGAAACAUUGAAAGAAAAACUGUAAAAAAAUAAAGAGAAAUGCAGUGUA